CGACACGGACACCAUAUAAAACAAACAAAUAAAUAGCACCGUUUCCUUGUAAUCCUUCAUCUCCCUAACAAUAACAAGUACGUCAUCUUGGAACCAGGCCCAGCAUGUGUUGGUCAUCGCACUCACUGUUAGAGUUAGAGUUAGAGUUAGAGUUGGAUGGAGUCGUUAACGUUGUGAAGCAUAAGCAACAACACAACAUGAGAUUGAAGAGGAACAAGUUGGAGGACAUUCCGGAGGAAACAGAACUUCCUCCUAUUGAUAUUGAUACUAAUCCAGCAGAGCUUGAAGAAGCGGGCCUUCACUUGGAAACAGAUUUGGAAAUACUGAGGCGGGCCAUGGAUAUGGGACUUUGGGCACUCUGCCUCGGUUUCGGCUAUAUGCUUUCCAGAGCUCACUUUCGUCCACUUUCUUGACAAAAAUUAUUCAUUUCGUGUCAAUUAUGUACCUUGUUAGAACCAAAAGAAAUAUCACUUUUGUCAAUUGUACCAUUUGGAAAGAGUGGUAGUUAGGCCUUAAUAGGUGCCGUUUGUGAUAAUGUUAUAGGGCUUUUAAUUGGUCACUCACGGAAGAUGGCUGAUCAGGACCGACCAGGCUAGGUUUUUGUAUAUACACUUCAAACUUAAUGUGGAGCAAAACCACAAGUUUUUUAAGGUAUUCAUUCAUUGAUGUGUGUUUUCAACUUAAUAUGUAUGUAUAAUUGUAUAUAAAUAAAUUACAGUUCAGUACUUGAAA